CCUCUGGGCACACGUGGUCCAGGAAGUGAUUUCGUUAUGCUAAGUCUUGCCUAAAUUGAACCCAGCUUGCACUGUGAUGGAAGGUUGAAUGGAACUUAUUCAAAGGGUGCAGUCCUUCCCUCUGAAUUCUGAUGAAAUAAGGCAAACAUCAGAUGUGAAAGCUACAUGCUUGUUAAGCAGGGUUGCGGUUAAUAGCAGGCUAAAUGACUUUGCCAUACGUUUGGCCACGGAGAGUCGACUCAUUGUUCAGCGACUUUUUCAUAUAAUCAUAAAACUGCAAACCCCUAUAGGUCGCUGCAGGAGCGGGAUUUAAAUAACGGGGUCCUCAGAGAGACGUCAGAGAGGGGUUGUUUGAUUCAAACCCCCCAAACGAGUGUUUCUUUAAAUGCGUGUGUGGAGUUUUCCUGCACAGGGUGAUAGGAGGGGUUGGAGAGUGACGCUGGCUGCGCCUUGGUGCUGAGCGGAGCGCUCACCUGCAGAUGAGAGAGUCGGGGAAACUCGGGGCAGAGCUGCAGCACACUCACGGAGCGCGGGGAGGGACGUAAACGCACAGUCCGACCGAGAAGAGGGGAAUUACUCGUUUAUUGGAGAAGAAUUUCGUAUCGACCCUCUCUUUCUGGUUCCUCGUCCAGGCAGCCCUGGUUUACUUGCUCGCCACGAUGAGAUCUGACUUCGCUCUGGUCCUGACAGCAGCCCUUCUUUUCGACCCAGUCUGGAGGAAUAAUGGAGAGCAUGCUACCAAAGGUCCCUGCCGGGCUGGCUUUUCACAAAGCUUCUACUCUGUGCUGAUUUCAAAGGAUGUACUGCAAGGCCGGGGCAUACAUAAAGCACUGGCUCUCUGGACACCAGAUACCACCAUGUCAUCACAAAAAGUGAAGUUUGAUGACUGCAUGGGCAACAAAGCGGUGGUUUUCCAGAGCAGUGACCCUAACUUCAGCAUGCGGACAGAUGGGUCCAUCUUUGCCCAGGGAGAGGGAGCCAGCCUGGACGAGCCAGUCCAGUUUAAACUGACAGCAAGCGGUCCACACACACAGGUCUGGGAGACUGUGGUCCAACUGGCACUAAUAGACCUGCCUUCACCUCAACAAAAUGAAAAUGAGGUCACCAGCGAAGAGGGGAAAGUCGCAGAGAGAAAAGAGAAGAAGGACGCAUUCCAAGCUCCCCCUCCAGUCAUCAAGUUCUCAGGAUCCCCCCUGAAUAGCUCCAAGGUUCUCCACAGACAGAAGAGGGACUGGGUGAUCCCACCGAUAAACGUGGCGGAGAAUUCUCGAGGACCGUUCCCGCAGAUGCUCGUCAGCAUCCGUUCAGACCAGGACCAGGACAUCUCCAUCCGCUACAGCAUCACAGGAGUGGGAGCAGAUCAACCACCCAACGAGGUGUUCAACAUCGACCCCGUGCUUGGGAAGAUGUUCGUCACCAAACCUCUGGAUCGAGAACAUCGCUCCUCUUACCAUUUGCGAGCCCAUGCUGUGGACAUGAAUGGAAACCAGGUAGAGAACCCCAUCGACCUUUACAUCUUCGUCAUCGACAUGAACGACAACAGACCAGAGUUCAAAAACCAGGUCUACAACGGCUCUGUGGACGAAGGCUCCAAACCAGGAACAUACGUGAUGCAUCUCUCUGCGUUUGAUGCUGAUGACAACACCACAGCUAAUGGAAUGGUGCGCUACAGAAUCCUGUCACAGACGCCGCACAGCCCCAUCCCCAACAUGUUCACCAUCAACAGUGAGACCGGAGAUAUCGUGACUGUGGCGCCUGGGCUUGACCGAGAGAAAGUGUCCCAGUAUACCAUCAUUGUGCAGGCCACGGAUAUGGAGGGCAACCUGAACUUUGGCCUCUCCAACACGGCCACUGCCAUCAUUACCGUCACGGACAUCAACGACAACCCUCCCAUGCUGACCUCCAGAACUUUUUCCGGUGAGGUCCCGGAGAACCGAGUGGACAUCGUCGUUGCCAAUCUAACGGUGAUAGAUGCCGACCAGCCGCACUCGCCAAACUGGAACGCCAUCUACCGGAUCAUCAGCGGAGACCCCUCUGGCCACUUCACCAUCCGCACCGACCCGGUUAGCAACGACGGCAUGGUCACUGUAGUGAAGCCAGUAGACUUCGAGAUGAACCGCGCCUUCAUGCUGACCGUGGUGGUGUCAAACCAGGCCCACCUAGCCAGCGGCAUCCAGUCCUCACUCCAGUCCACCGCCGGCGUCACCAUAUCUGUCCAGGACGUCAACGAGCCCCCUUACUUCCCCACAAACCCCAAACAUAUCCGCUUUGAGGAGGGCGUCCCUGCUGGCACCAGCCUGACGACCUUCUCCGCCUCAGAUCCAGACCGACUACAGAUGCAGCAGACAAUCAGGUAUUCAAAGCUGAAUGACCCUGCAGACUGGCUGUCCAUCAACAGGACCAAUGGUCAGAUCCUAACCACGGGAAUGCUCGACCGGGAGUCCGUCUAUGUCAAAAACAAUAUUUAUGAAGCUACCUUCCUGGCGACAGACAAUGGCUCUCCUGCAGCCAGCGGCACAGGCACCCUGCAGAUCUAUCUGAUAGAUAUUAAUGACAACCCCCCAGCACUUAUACCCAAGGAGUCUCAGAUCUGUGAGCGGGUGAACAGAAACGUCAACGGUGUCAACAUCACUGCCGCUGAUGCCGACACUGAUCCCAACGCUGGACCUUUCGUCUUCGAGCUGCCCAGCUUCCCCAGCAGCAUCCGACGCAACUGGACCAUUUCUCGGAUCAGUGGUGAUUACGCCCGUCUUGGUCUGCGGUACCAAAUAUAUUUAGAACCUGGGGUGUACGAAGUCCCUGUAAUUGUGUCCGACUCGGGGAACCCUCCGUUGUCCAACAGGUCGACCAUCAAAGUGAAAGUGUGUCCCUGCGACGGAAACGGAGACUGCACCACACUCGGUGCAGUGGCAGCUGCUGGUUUAGGAACCGGAGCCAUCAUCUCCAUCCUCAUCUGCAUCAUCAUACUGCUGAGUAUGGUGCUGCUAUUUGUGGUGUGGAUCAAGCGCAGAGAGAAGGAGAGACAAACCAAACAGCUGCUCAUUGACCCUGAAGAUGACGUCAGAGACAACAUUCUGAAAUAUGACGAAGAGGGAGGAGGAGAGGAGGACCAGGACUACGACCUGAGCCAGCUGCAGCAGCCGGACUCCUUGGAGCACAUCAUCAGCAAGCCACCAGGCGUCCGUAGGGUGGAUGAGCGUCCCAUCAUCCCCGAGUCCCAGUACCCAAUCAGACCUGUCGUGCCCCACCCUGGGGACAUCGGGGACUUCAUCCAUGAGGGUUUGCGAGCGGCGGACAAUGACCCGACAGCGCCUCCAUAUGACUCCCUGCUGGUGUUUGACUAUGAGGGCAGCGGCUCUACCGCAGGCUCUGUCAGCUCCCUCAACUCUUCCAGCACGGGGGACCAGGACUAUGACUACCUCAACGACUGGGGCCCUCGCUUCAAAAAGCUGGCCGACAUGUACGGCGGAGGGGACGAUGAUUAAGUCUGUCUGGACUCACAUGUAUACGCACACAUACACAAACACACACCCUCGUCCCGUCAGCUGGCCUGCCAUGCUCUGUCCCACUAACACAAAUGGGGCUAUUACACCGUUAUGAACACACAACGACGACAACAUGCUCACACUGAACAACCAACCAACCAAUCAAAUGACCCACCACAGAAGACUGCUGCCACGAGGCUCCUGCUCAAGGCUUCUGUCUGAGACUGAAACAGAAGCUCUGGAUUGCAGGCUUCUCAUCGUUCGUAUUUUCAAACUUGUGUUUUUGUUUCAUUUCAGUUGUGAAGCUUGAUGUUGGUUUUACUUCUCACUAGUCUGAUUUUUGUUUUCCCCUUAUGUUUGUGUAGCUUUUAUUUUGUCCCUGCUCGCCUUCAAUUGGAGCCACUCCCUAUUCCUGAGGGUUUUCACUUUUCCCUCGCUGUCAGCCCCCGCCUGCCUCUCUCUGCAGAAGCUUUAGGUUGAGCUGCUUGCUUUCUCUGAUGGGAACAAAAGUGGAAAAAAAAAACAGAAUAAGAACGCAGAUAUGAAAGUCCUUCUUGCAUGGAGGGUCCUGGUUUAUUUUUUCUUGAACUUGAAUUACUUUUAACAGAAGCACUGUUGUUUAAAAAGUGCCUUCAGUGGUGCGUAUUUUAGCAGACUCCCGCUAACUCAGGAUUGGUUGCCAUUUUUCGUGGGCUUACAUGCCCCUGUAUGACCCCUGAACCUUUAACUCAGACCUCCCCUUGUUAUCUCUAUGGUCCUGCAGUGCUGUGGUGGCUGCAUGAGAUAUCAGAGGAGCAUCGACUGGCUUGACGAGGGCGCUUUAUGUAGACAUACUGUACACAGGCCUACAGUGUGUCUGUAAGUUAUGAACAAAACAUUUCAAGUCAGGCAUUUCUGUGCUCCUAGAUCAUGUCAGACUUGAAUGUGAUUACUGAAAUCACAGAAAUACAGGACGGGACAGUCUUAGAGAAGAAAUGCAUCGUGUGUCUUUGUUUAUUGUGGCUUCCAUAGCAGCUGUGUUUGUUUCGAGCUCUCUGUGGUUGCACCUAAAACCUGAUGAAGCUUGUUGCGAUUGUGGUUUUAAGUGAAUAUCUCACUAUAUAUUUAAAAGAUUGACAAGUCAUGUGUGUUACCUCUUCAAGUUACUGUAUUUGAAGUGCUAAUGAGGGUUAUUAGGGAGACUUCGCCUUUAAGAUCAUUAAGGGUUUGCAUUGAGUUCCCAUCACCCAAAGGGAAACGACAUGGCACCUGUAACUGUUUGGUGAAUAUAUGAAGGGAAACUAUAUAAACUGUACAAACAUACAGGAAAUGAAACAGAGGAUUAGUUCAAAGAGCUCAAAGUGUUACACACAGUUAUGAGCUUGUUAAAGCUCCACCCUGAGUCCCUUUCUCUCUUAAGUUUCUUUUUCCUUUUUGUUGAUUCACAGCUGUAGCUCAGAAAACUUUUAAUAUACAAACUUUGGUGUUGGUCCCUGUCACAGAAACUGUGGGAAUUGAGCCUCAGCCAGGGAUUUAGCGCCUUCACAAUCUGUCUCUCUUCAGGCAACAUUUCAUUCAUCUGAAUUUUUUUUUUUUCUCCUGAAAUUUCUGGCUGAAACUUCAAGAGGUUUUAGAGACAAAGUUAGAGGAAAGGGAAAGUCUGUUGUGAAGCUCUGCACUUUAUCAAAGCAGACUCACAAAACUAAAGCUUCAGUAAUGGCGCUUUAAAGAAGAGACGUUGGGAAAGAGAGUUUUGUUGUGUCUAAAUGAAAAAAAAGCUGAACAACCCAUGGGCUUUUGUAAUCAUAUUUCAGUCCCCCAGAACUGCACGCAGAGAAAGGAGAGAAAAAGCUUUAGUCGUUUUAUUAAAUUAUUUAAAUAUGCAAAACAUUUCACAGGGGGAACAGGGAAGAUGCUGGUGAAUGAUGGAAAGGUUUAAUCAUUCCUUAUCUUCUGAGUGCCCGUUGAAACACUCCUCAGAUGUAGCUGGUUUUAUCUUGAUGUGGACUGACCAGAUUUUCUAUUAAUUAUGGAUAUGAUGAAUGCUUGGAGGAAAUCUCAGCAGCGACAAUGUUCUUUAGAUGUGAUUUGAUGAGAAGGAUGCUCCAUCCCUCCUUUUUCUCCUGCUGCUUUUCAAACUACCUUCUCAUGCUUCACAUGAGAAUAACUGCAGAUGAAAACAAUCUGAAGUUAAAAAAAUAUUCAUAAAACGUUUUUAUAUUCUUUCAGAUAGAGAGGUCUUCACUUGUGAUCGGAUGCAAGCGAAAUAAAUGUUAUUCAGUGCAUAAAGUCAUCCUGCCAAAACAAAGAGAUAAGGACUGGAGUUUUAUUGAUUAUAACAAGUGAAGAAAGGUCAAAUCAUUAUGUUUGUCAAGGUUAACAGGGUAGGUAUCUUUUUAUUCUCGACAUCAAUAGGUAAAUGGGUGAAGUAGAAACUGAACCGAUCAUCGGCUCAGAGGUGAAACUGUCGACAUGAGAACGGAGCACUUUCCAUAUCUGAUGAGCUCUUUUCUCCCCGGCUGCUCCUCAGCCUACAGAAUAUCUCCACAAAAUAAACACAACUGUUACUUUCUGCUAUCUCUGAUUAUUUCUGACAUAUAAAUGUUGUACAUACAGAGCAUUUUUAUACGUUUGGGAACAUGAUUUAUCCGUUUCUGUGUUGUAUUUUCUUUAAUUUCCGUUCUGUUUUUCGAAUGAGUACUCGGCAAUGUAUAUUUCACCACUAAAAGCCAUGUUGCAUUUAAGAGAAUCUGUGUGAUUCCACUUGAGCUUACAGCCAUACUUGUGUCCCUGUUUAAGAUUAGCUUCAUCAUGGUGAAAAGGUUCCACUUCAAACCAACUUGUACAGUCUUUACUAGCACACACUCACUCCUCUAAGCCUUACUGUACAUACGUGAGUGUUCUAUAUCACAUGAGCCCCUUCAGCACUGUUGAAUUCAGCUGGGGGGGUGGGUCCAGCGUUCACUGAAUAAAGACGAGCUUGGGGCCGUCUUAUCGGACUGGAUUCAGGGCCAAACACAGCAGGAGGUCCCCACACACACACACGCACACACACACACAUGCAAAGACUUUCACACACUUCACACAAGGUAACUGACCUAUAACUGUGUCAUACAUACAAACAUGACACAAUGCCAUUAUGAUACUGAAUGUUAUCAAUGACUCUCAAUGACACGUGGAAGAAAAUCAUCUGUGGAGUCGGUCAAACUUGACACAACCAUGUAAAGGCGGUUUGUAAAAGUGGAAAAUGACAAGAAGCUUGAUCUUUAGGUGUGACAUACUUGGUCUAUCUGUCUUAUUGACAUUCUCUUGCCAAACAAGGGAAGAAUUGGCAAACAGUAGAAUGAAGGAAGAAAACGAUUGCACUGCUGAACUCCACCCCUGUCCUCUGGCUCCUCUGCCUCUCUGGCUUGUGUAAGCUAGGAACACUUGGUCUCUCUCUGGACACUGCCUGACCAUGGACACACACAGGACAGGAGGCUUCAGACAGAAGCAGGCUUUUUUUUUGCUCUGCUAUGGCUAGAACUGCAACGACAGGCAGCAGUGUUUCUACAAGUUUUACAAAUACUGCUUAAGUCCAAGUGUACAUAAUGUAGUAUUUGCUUGAAGCUAAACAGACCAAGUUAGGCAAACUGUACCUGUACAAUUGGAGCUUUUUGCAUGUGUCUUUUUAUAAUGGACAGAUGAGUUCUACUACAGUAACCAUACAACAUUUUAAAAUGUGUCGCAGCCCGCAUGACCGAGGCUGCGGUCCAGAAGGGAUUCUGGUGUACCAUACUCACAUAGUUUCAAAUGGAGGAGAAAAAAAAGAUGAAAAAAUGAUUGCACAGUUAUGGAGUCAAAAUACUUUUUUGUAAAUUGUCAACAGCACAAAUAUUUUGUAUUGUUGUUUGUACCAUUUUGUAAGAAAAUGAAGAAAGAAAGAACAAAAAAAAAGGGAAAGACUCUGUUGUUUCAAGCGUGUGUUUAUAGUGCCACUGCGAUCUUGGUUUCUAAAUACCGUACAGUAAAUGCGCAGCCUUGCAGAUCAACCUUGUAAUAUAGACGCUUAGCUGGAGACUCCCUGUCAGCACCAUGUGUUAUAAAUAAAAAUUCCCCUCCUUAUAAGAA